AUUAUACCUGCUAACGCAUAAUUUAAAAAUUGCAUCCUUAGUCCCUUUGGAAAUUUAUGCUCGAGGUCCUCAAGCUGUUAAGGCAUAUGACAAAGCCUUAACGGGGGGAAAGGCCUGCAUCAAGAGAAUACCAGUGAUGUUGAUCGGACAGGAGCGGACAGGAAAAACUAGUUUAAAAAAGUCCUUAAAAGGAGAAAAUUUUAACGAAAAAGAGGAAAGCACAGUCGGAAUAGAGACUGACUCUUCGUACUUUAAAGUAUCAAAAGAGAUUUGGAAAAGCGGAAAAGUGAAGGAAGAAGUACAAUUUGAAUCAGAAGAUGAUCUUGAACACAUAGCAACAGCGAAAGUGAUCAUUGAAUUUUUAAGGGAACAAAGGGCAACUCCAGUUCGGUUUUCGUUAAAGUUGGAUUCUGACUCAGAGUCAGAUUCAAAGUCAGAGUUUGAGGCUCCGGAUGGAUCAAUAUCAACUCGAGGCCCAACUAAGCUCUCAAGAAAUAUCAAGUCCUUACACAGAAAAUUGCCCGAGGAAGUGGCCAGGCUGGUUGAAAAUAUGCUUCAAGAGGAGAAAAGUGCAAACCACGAAGAUAACAUCUACUCAGUUCUGUGGGAUUUUGCUGGACAAUCAGUGUACUACGAAACCCAUCCAAUUUUCCUCACGGAAAAAGCUAUCUAUAUUUUGGUGUCUGAUUUGAGUCGUGAUCCAGACGAGAAAGCCAUCCCGCCUGUCAAAACAGGACUUUUCGAGAACAAAGUGGACAUUGACUGCAGUAAAACGAACCUUGAUUAUCUGGACUUUUGGAUGUCAUCAAUUUAUUCCUUGGUAGGUCCGGAUGAAAAUUCCAGCACCCAAGAGACCGCUUCGAAUGUUAGCCAUGUUUUGCCAUGGAGGCUUCCCCCAGUAUUCCUGGUAUGCACCCAUGCUGAUGUGCCGUUUGGUGGAUCUAACGCCAGAGACCUUGCUCUAAAAACGUAUGGCUUUUUGCAGUGCAAGAUCUACAAGGAACAUCUGUAUAAAGAUGUUUUCGUCGUGGAUAAUACAAAGUCUGGUAGUGAGGAAGAAUGUAUCGAAGUUAAGCGACUGAGAGAAGAGAUCCUUGCUGUUGCAAAGGAACUGCAGCUGACGAAAGAAGAAGUUCCGGUGAAGUGGUUGAGGUAUGAAAACAAGCUUCGCAAAAAGCAUGACAAGUGGAUAACACGUGAAGAAGCCAAGUGGAUUGCAUUUGAAGACUGCGGGAUCCAAGAAGAUGAUGAGUUUUCCACUUUGUUGAACUUUUUGCAUGAUCAGAGAAUUGUGAUUCAUUUUAGUGGCUCUCCAGAGUUGGAAAGGAUGGUGAUAUUAGAUCCUCAGUGGCUUGUUGAUGUCCUCAAAAACGUAAUCACUGUAAGACGUUUUAAACACACGGAGCAUCCUGUCAAAGACCUGUGGAUACAACUUGAAGAAACCGGAAUCUUGGAUGAAAAGCUCAUUGACCAUGCUUGGAGAGACUUGCUCGACAACCAAGAAAGUCACAAGAGCCUCAUUGCCAUCAUGGAGAGAUUAAGCUUGAUUUCCCCCUGGCCGUCAUCUAAAGACAGCAAGCAGUACCUUGUACCGUCCAUGUUAAUGUCACCCCCAACAGAUGACGUCCUACAGCUUCUCGACUCUGUAAACUUUCCAUCUCUUUUUGUAACAUUUGCAUCAGGUCGAGUGCCUCCUGGUCUAUUCUCCCGACUUAUCCUUCAUUUCCUCCAGUGGUGUGGUGAAGAAUGGAAGAGCAAAGUGAACCCAGAGUUGUUUCAUAAUUUUUCCAUGUUUCACAUUCUUCCAGACCAAGGUAUCUCCGUUAUUUUUUGGUGCCAUUCCACAGCCAUUGAAGUCGCCGUUUACAGCGGAGGCAAUGACGAGAAAAGAGCCGAUAUCUCCCGUGCUGUUCACUGGAAAUUGAGGUUUAUACUCGAAUGCAUGCGGAAAGAGUUUCACUGGCUCAACAACGUGAAGUAUGAUAUGUGUGUCUGCUGCCCAGUCUGUUCUCGACCAGGGUCGGUAAAAUGCCGCGAUCAUGACGUGCGUGGAUGUGAGUGUCUACACUUCUUGUCAGAAUCUGAUUUGAGACAGCGUCAACAUUGUACCAGACAAGGACGCAGCCUUCUCGGGGAUCGCAGGAUUCGGGUCAAGCAGUUUGAAUGCUGGUUCUCAGGCGGAGAAGAAGGGGAGGAUGCUGGAAUACCCACGAAUCAGCAGGUGCAAGCUCUUCACACAACAAGUCAUGGAGGUUACCUCGGUGCAAAAGGCAUAUUUUCCAUAGAAGGAAAGAAACGGGAAGAUCUUGCGCUGCCCGAUAGUAUCAAAACCUCCAUCCAGUCCAUUCCACUCAACUCAGGAAGUGAUGUUAAGGAUAUUGUGAUUCAGUUUCAAGAAGCUCUGCAGUUGAAAGCAACAUCUAUGGCCAUUCCAGAGCCUGAGACGAAAAGUAUGAUUCGUGACCUCGCCCUGAGAGCUAAAUCUGAGAAACGGGAUGAUUUGGUGAGACACUUACGAUAUAUUACACCUGCUGGUACUACUGGACCGUUGUUGAAUGAGGAUAUGUCAGUUGGUUGCAUGCCAUAUAAACAAUACGAGGAGUUAACGUUCAGCCUCUCGGGUGGAGACGAGUGGAAACUGUUGGCAGAAAGGCUGGGUUUAUCCCAAAUCCAGAUUCGCUUUCUAGACAAGAGAGUUACGAAUCCUUCUGACGUUGUCCUUAGCGCUGUGGGAAAGCAUCGCCACCUGAGUGUCGGAGAAAUCUAUGACACAUUAGUCGACUGCGAGCUACCAGCUAUCGCAGAUCUAAUGUAAAUUAGAAUAUGAAUACCAGAAGAAGGCGACUGAUACAGCAAGAACCAGUAGCAAGAAGCAAGGUAGCGGCCGAAGACUUAUUUGCGAGAGAUCUAAGGGAAAAUACAGUUCUUGAGCUUGGAGUCGAUAAUAAUGCGUUGAGGUGCGACAGCAUCAUUUGAGCAGAUUUAUAGUUGCUCAUAAUUGCAUGUUUGUAAAGUACGAAAAAAAACUUUAAAUGUAGAUUUUCUUUGAAUUUAUAUCUUCGUUGUCCUUGCGAGUAGGUAUAUCAUAGACAUAAAGCCAUUAUGAAUUAAUUUGGAGUAGUUGUUGUAUUUGAAACGGAGGAACUACGGAAAAAGGACCGAGGUUGACUUAUCUCCACUAACAGAGGUAUAGCCUCGGAUAGGGCCUGGUAAAUAGCAUGUGACAAUCUUCAAUAUAUUAGAUUCGUGGCCUUUAAUUCAAGUAUAUUUUCCGUGUUUUCUGGCCAGUUAAAUGAAAUUUUUUAAAAGCACCAGUGAAUCUAAUUUCUCAUUUCUAGCGAAAAACAAUUUUAACAUGGUGAGGACAUGCUGAAAUAAUAUAGUUUUGCAUUACUUUUAUGUCUUCAUGGCCAUGGUCUUGGUGCUAAUUUUAAUCUUUCUGAGCUUUUUGUGCAUGCAAGUGAUUAAAGGGACAGUAACAACAAAUGUUCAUUUUAUCGGAAUAUUAUUACAACAUAAUAGCAGGGAUUUACAGCGCAGGGAAGGGAUGGGAUCCUCCGCUAAAUAGCUCAAAUAAAUAGCAUGCAAGACGUUUGAAAUCUAGUCGUAAGCAUCAAGUGCUUCCUUCCUAUUCAGCAGUGACGAAAUUUCUUUAACCGCGGAGCUCGAAUGAAGUGACAAGGUUUACUUGUGCAUGCAACAUCUCUGUAUUGGUAUCCAGUUUUCAUAUUUUGUUGACAAAUACACUGCUAGAAAAUGAUGAUCUCGUAGUUAGUAACACAUGUACACUCUGAAAUUCCCUUUUUGGUUUGAUAAAAGAAUAAGAAGGUUUUUGUUUCAGAAAGAAAAAAACUCAGUUGAACAUUAGAUUAACCUUUCAGAUUGCAGUUAUCCAUCUAUACCUUUAGAUAGAGAAAGACGUCUUGAGAGUGAAGUACACUAUUGAAAAAACAAUGAUUUGUUGUAGUAAGUAAUGCACACUGAAAUAUAUUCGAUCAUCGGUUGUGCAUGAAUUAGUUUUGAGUGUAACUGCUGUGGCAGCACAUUUUAUCUUUCGCUUGACCUAUAUGUGUAUGCUUUGUAUGCCAAA